AACAACCUAGUCUCCUAGCAGACGUGUCAGCUGGAUGACAAAAGGGAAAAAUUUGGCCAAAUAGGGACAAAUAAGUUGUCAUGGGAUCUCAGUUUAUCGCCAGUCAGUCCACUCCUAGGCUAAUUAACUCCUAAUAUUACUUUUUUUUCCUAACUUGGCCGUAGUCCACUAGAGAAGAAGCCAGUUAAUUUAGUUGCACAACGGAUUUAAACGCACACUUCUGCUAACUGCACGGAACCUCAUAAUCCCAAACCGGUGCUGUCCAGCUAUAUAACUUCGCCUUUUUGCACCAGUUGGAUAAUUGCACGAAAUUCACUGGCAAACAGGUCGUGCAAUUAAGCGGCUUCUACUGUAUUACUAUUCGGCAAAACCGGAGCCUGGUAGAGACUACGAAAAAAACCUGCCCAUCAAGUCAGUCCUCAGGGACAACAAUUACCACCACACGUAGACGACUGAAAGAAAUGCGAUAGCGCAAGACAGCGGUCUUGGGGCGACAAUUCCAUGCGAAACUCCACAGAUAUCAUCAUGAAGAGUCCGAAGCGAACUCUUGGGAUCAUUCUCCUGGCCGUGGUCGGGUUCUUCACCUACACAACCUUCAACCGGCCGGUGGAGAAGAAGGGAACACCGAGCCGAAGUCGUGGCAAGACUGCCCACCAUCUUGAUAGCGAAUCCGUGAUUAGGUCCCACAAACAUCACCACCACAGGGACGAGGCUGACUACGAGAUUCAGCCACCGUUCGAGUGGGAAGAGUCGGAUAGGGACAACAGCACGAUGGAGUUCACAACUAAUCAUCCCACUACGGGACCUGAAAUUGACCACAUUGACCGGUGCAAGCCCCACCACAACAUUGCCUUCAUCAAGGUGCACAGGUGCGGGUCCUCCACCGUACAGAACAUCUUCCUGCGGUACGCCUACGGUCACGACCUGGUCGUCGGCCUUCCGCGCAUGCCCGAGUCGCCGUGGGUCGGGUGCAGGAGCGUCAUCAAGGACAGUGACGUCAUGGAGCUGUCGGAGGGGGUGAAGUGGAACAUCUUCGCCCACCACAGCACCUACAACAGGACCAACUUCGACCGCUUCAUGCACCCGGACACUCAGUUCGUGGGCAUUCUCAGAAAGCCCAUCAACCGCCUCAGGUCCGUGUUUUACGCCCUCCGGCUGGAGCAGUACUUCCCGGGUCUGGAGGGGAAGGAGAACGACACCGGCCUGAUGAUGUACCUCCGAGACCCCGCCCACUGGGACAACAAGUUCAGUCACCCCGCCACGUGCUUCGAGCAUGACGCAUGCGUCCAGGACUGCAUGGCCAAGGACUUAGGGCUGCCACCUGGCGAGCUGGACGGACAGGCCAUCGACACCUUCAUCCACAAGAUCGGGAGGGAUUUCUCCCUCAUCCUCAUCCUGGAGCACAUCAACCACUCGCUGGUCCUGCUGAAGAGGAGAAUGUGCUGGCAGAUGGAGGACAUCCUCUACUGGGUCGCGGACGAAGACGACAUGACCAACUACGAAGAGAAGGAACAUUUCACCGAGAAGAUGGUCGCCAAGUUCAAGAAGUCCAGCCGGAUCGACUACUACCUGUACGAACACUUUAACGCCUCCCUCUGGCGGCAGAUCGGCUUGGAGGGUCGUGACUUUCUGCAGGAGGUCUCGGAAUUCGAACGGAUCUUGAAGAUUGUGAACGAGCGCUGCCAGGAAGACGACGGUCAAUUCAAGAUCGUGCCAGCGACGGACUUUAGCAAGGAGAUCUAUCUAACCUGGAAUUUCUGUACGAAGCUUCGGUUUAACCGGUUAUCGUGGGAUGAGAACAUUAGAGGCAUGCAGCAGAUUCACUACGGGAAGGUAGAAUCGAAGAAAAGCUUUCAAGACCGUUGGGGUGACAUUAAAGAACACUAAACUAGUACAAUUUGAUUUAAUAGUAAAUCCUAUUUCACAACUUAGCAGUUUAUACACAUGCUUAAAUUAGAGUGCUGCAUUUGCAUAUGGUAGGUUGUUUACAAAAUGUCAAAUGUAUGAAAAUUGAAUACAAAAUGUCAUACUGUUAA